GUUUUGAUUGGCUGAGGGUGGAGUUUGUAUAUGCAGGUUUAGCGCCACUCUGCUGGCUGCGGCUGCGGAGAUUGUGGGGCACCAGGUGGGCUCCCGCGUUGUCAGGGCAGAGAAGUCUUCCUCAAAAAGCUGCAGGAAAGACCCAGCCUGGCUAGUAUUAGACCAGCAGAUCUGGAGUGGCAAACUCAGCUGUGGCAUCACCUUCCUGGUCGUGAUGUCUCGGGAGACAGACGUGGAGGGUCAGCAGUCCCACGGCAGUGCCUCCUCGCAGUCCCUCGGAGUCGGUGCCUGUUCACAGCCCCAAGGUGGCUUCACCCAGUCCCAAGGCUCACAGUCCCAUGGCUCCUCCUCACAGUACCAGGGCUCAUCUACCUCUUCUACCAGCACAGUGCCUACCUCCAGCCAGUCCUCCCACUCCAGCUCUGGCACCCUGAGCUCCUUAGAGACAGUGUCCACUCAGGAACUCUAUUCUAUUCCUGAGGACCAAGAACCUGAGGAGCCUGUUCCUACCCCUUGGGCUCGAUUAUGGUCCCUUCAGGAUGGAUUCUCCAAUCUUGAGUGUGUUAAUGAUAGCUACUGGUUUGGGAGGGACAGAAGCUGUGACUAUUGCUUUGAUGAACCACUACUGAAAAAAACAGAUAAAUACCGGACAUAUAGCAAGAAACACUUUCGGAUUUUUAGGGAAAUGGGUCCUAAAAACUCUUACAUUGCGUACAUCGAAGAUCACAGUGGGAAUGGAACUUUUGUAAAUACCGAGCUUGUAGGGAAAGGAAAACGCCGUCCUUUGAGUAACAAUUCUGAAAUUGCACUUUCACUAUGCAGAAAUAAAGUUUUUGUAUUUUUUGAUCUGACUGUAGAUGAUCAGUCAAUUUAUCCUAAGGAAUUAAGAGAUGAAUACAUCAUGUCAAAAACUCUUGGAAGUGGUGCCUGUGGAGAGGUAAAGCUGGCCUUCGAGAGGAAAACAUGUAAAAAAGUAGCUAUAAAGAUCAUUAGCAAAAGGAAGUUUGCUAUUGGCUCAGCAAGAGAGGCAGACCCGGCUCUCAAUGUUGAAACAGAAAUAGAAAUUUUGAAAAAAUUAAAUCAUCCUUGCAUCAUCAAGAUUAAAAAUUUUUUUGAUGCAGAAGAUUAUUAUAUUGUUUUGGAAUUGAUGGAAGGAGGAGAGCUGUUUGACAAGGUGGUGGGGAAUAAACGCCUGAAAGAAGCUACCUGCAAGCUCUAUUUUUACCAGAUGCUCUUGGCUGUGCAGUACCUUCAUGAAAAUGGCAUUAUACCGGACUUAAAGCCAGAGAAUGUCUUCUGUCGUCUCAAAAAGAACUGCCUGAUAAAGAUUACUGAUUUCGGGCAGUCCAAGAUUUUGGGGGAGACCUCUCUCAUGAGAACCUUAUGUGGUACCCCCACCUACUUGGCUCCUGAGGUUCUUGUAUCCGUUGGUACUGCUGGGUAUAACCGUGCUGUAGACUGCUGGAGUUUAGGAGUUAUUCUUUUUAUCUGCCUUAGUGGGUAUCCACCUUUCUCUGAGCAUAAGACUCAAGUGUCCCUGAAGGAUCAGAUCACCAGUGGAAAAUACAACUUCAUUCCCGAAGUCUGGGCAGAUGUCUCAGAGAAGGCUUUGGACCUUGUCAAGAAGUUGUUGGUAGUGGAUCCAAAGGCGCGUUAUACAACAGAAGAAGCUUUAAGACACCCGUGGCUUCAGGAUGAGGACAUGAAGAGAAAAUUUCAGGAUCUGCUGUCUGAGGAAAAUAAAUCCUCAAUUUUACCCCAGGUUCCAGCUGAGCCUUCCACUAGUCGAAAGCGGGCCCCCGAAGGGGAAGCAGAGGAUGCCGAGACCACAAAGCGCCAGGCUGUGUGUGCUGCUGUGUCUUGAUCAUUGUGGUUUGAACUUGAAAGAAAUCUACCUUCUUUCAGUCUGUUGACGUCUUUUCUUUAAGUUUUUUUAAAAUAGUAUUUUAAUUAUGGGAAUAAUUGUUUUUUCUACAAUCAUUGAUGUACAAUUAAAAACCUAAUGGAACCUG